AUGAAGGAUGAUUUCAAAUCACUAGAAAUUGAGCCCAAAGAAGGGUAUCUGGAUUUCAUUGGCCCAGCAAAGCUACAUUCAACAGCACAGUCCAAAGUUUUAAAAGGACAUGUUCGAUUCACGCUGAUCAGACCCACCAAAAUCCGCACCAUGUCGGUCAAAUUCAAGGGAUUCAGCAACAUUACAUUGAAGCAGCCAUACAACAUCGAAAUGACAUGUCCUUUACUGCCAAAGCUGAAGGUGCCCUUGUUUGGAAAAGCCAAUUUUCCGGCUGGAGAUCAUGUCAUACCAUGGGAGCUGGAUAUACCCAACAUCUAUCCUAGGAGCUUGCUGGCUAAACGAGCUACCAUCCACUACAAAGUCAUUGUGUCCAUUUCCACCGGCAUUGCAAGAACAUUGACUGCAGAAUAUCCAGUCGUGCUAAAGAGACAUUUACUGCCCUACAAGGAGCUCUCUCCAUUGAUUGAAACAAAGCUGUACCAGAGAACGGUGCCUGGAAAAUUCCACUACGAAAUCGAUGCCCCGCAAAUCGUCUGUAUAGAACAAGAGUAUAUACCAAUGGCUAUCAAAUAUGUCAGCAUUGCCAACCAAAAGCCAGUGCAGUCGAUCCGAACUCGCGUUGUUCAGAUUGAGCUCUACAGACGUCAAUCCCUCUCAAAAUCAGAAUCAGACUUGACAACCAGCAACAGAGACUCUCACAUAUUCGAUCUCGACAAGAAAAUUGCUGAUUUCGCACAAUACAAAGAUACCCACAUAAAAUACAUAAAAAGAACAAUACCUGCUCUCAUUCACCUGCCGGAUGCAUCCACCUCAGCCUGGAAAAGACCUUGUUUGAUCCGACACAACCUACAUCCCUAUCUCAGCUACACAUUGGAUUCGCCUCUUGUGUCCAUCUACCACCAAAUUGAGAUUACCUUCCAAUUCGGCAUGAAGUAUGAAGAAAUCAAGACAAAGCUGCCUAUCAUUAUUGCAUCUAUACCACGAAAAGAUCCCACACAGACCCAGUUAGUAGACCAAAAGAGCAGUAAUCUGAUGAUGAAGUAUGCGUUUGAAGAGACGGCCAGAUCCGAAUUUCUACGCUACGAGCCGGAACUCAGGAAGUCAGCCAACCACAUCACAGACGAUGAUCACAGCAACCUCAAUGACGAUAGCUUUAGUGUCCUUAGAGACACCAGCAUGAUGCCUAUCACAAGCGAUGAGGAGGACAGUGUGGUGAAAGAGCGUACCAUGGGCGGCAGAACCACCCCUCUGAUGUUUGUUACUGGAAAUCCAUCGAGAGCUCGCUCGCCUAUGCCGGCUGUCAAUACCUGCAUGACUAAUACAAGCAACAUCAUUCAUCGACGCCUGCUGUCACCUACACCUGAAUCAUCGUCCAUUUUGGAUGUCAACAGCAACCAAAGACAACUCAAGAAAUUUGCUUCAGCCUUUGAUUUGAGCACUGCAUCUGAAGAAUCACCACAAAUAGACGCAGAGAGAGAGCCAGAGGAGCGACCACGCACAACAACCCCUACCAUGAAGCGAUCGCACAUGCAUAGAAAGCAACUGCAGCCCAUCAAUGUCGAUUUAGCAAAUGGCAAAGAGACCAACCUGUUCAAAUCCAUGCCCUUUAACAGACUUCCACCACAAACAACACUGCCACCACCACCCGUGUCGCAGAAAUCAGCCAGCUCAGAUGUGCUACCCACUCUGGACCGUAUGCAGCAUCAGCAGCAGAUUAGAAAAAACGCAAGACAGCAGCAUCCACCCUUUGAGAGUGUUGCUGCAACGGCUAUGGAUGAUGCCAGCAACGACGACUUGCAAUCCAUCUAUUCUGAAUCAUCCCUAUCCAGUAGUCAUAAUGCACCCAGCCUGAGCUCAUCUGCCACUCUAUCUACAAACAAAAGCCAGCCUACACUUCAUUCUAGACCUCCCUCGCCGGUAUUCAGCCCAGCUCCUGGACUACCUGCCACCAUUGCACUGAGACCACAUGGCGAAGGAGUGCAAGCAGUAGAAGAAAUGUUCCCUCCUGACUCUGCUUCCAUCAUGUCUCCUGCCAUGAACACAGUUGCUUCAUCCACCCUCUUUUCACCUCGCACAACAUACGCGUUGCAAAGACGUAUUGCAUUAUCCACCAUCUCAUCAUUGACCAAUGACUCGCUACAGCUGGGCCCAUCCAUGCUAUCUCCCAACAAUAUGAGAGGAAGAACAUCAUCUACUGUGGACCCAGACAUACAGUCGCUGAUGCACAGUAGUUUUUGUAGCAGCAGUUUCGGCAGCUUUGACUAUCCACCUCCACCACCCAACAACAGAUAUGCCAACGCGCAACUGCCACCUAUUCCAACCAAUGCUGCCUCUCUUCCUCCUCUUCCUCCCCUUCCCACUACCACCACGAACGCAGACAAUACUACUGUGAAAGCAAAUAGACGCCUGACAAGAUUGUACAUAGACGAUAGUGACGAAGAAGACUAUAUUGAUAGGGGGGACGGCGUGCGCUCUCCAUCACCACCUCCAUUACCACAAAUACCAACCAAUAUCAAAUCUUACACUGCAGCGCAUAGUAAUUAUAGCAAUAUGAGUGAUGACAGUGAAAUCAAGGAUGAAAGUGCGAUAUCAGCACAGGAUGAUUGCGCCCCACCUAGGCUACCUCGAUUAUCAUUUGGUAAUGAUUUUGGCAUAUCGCUUGGAAUUUAA